CAAAAUCUAUUUGUCUUCCUCGCUUUCUUUCCCCCCCAACGGCUACUUCAAACUUCCUCUUUCUAUCUUCUUACCCCCCCCUUCUUUCUCUCAUCACUCUCUCUAUCGCCAGAAUGAAGCACUUCAUGCUUCCAAGAAACGCCACCGCUCGCGACGCCGCAACAGAGCUUCCAUCUUCAUCAAGCCCUAGCACUACCUCCUCCGCCAAAUCUAGACCCUCCCGCACCAAACACUCCAAAGAAAACACAGAUCCAAACCCCAUUGUUCCCUCUUCCCCUUCCCAUCCCAAAUUAAAGUCUCCCUUACCCCCAAGACCUCCUUCCUCCAACCCUCUCAAACGCAAGCUCGCCUUAGACGCCCUCGCCGCCGACAACAAUUCUCUCCAGCCGGCAACUUCCGAUUCUGGCGUCAAGGUUAUUGUUCGGAUGCGACCGUUGUGCAAUGUUAAUGACGAUGGAGAAGCAAAUCCUAUAGUUCAGAAAAUUUCCGGUGAUUCUUUAUCCAUUAAUGGCCACACCUUUACGUUUGAUUCCGUUGCCGACGUCGAAGCUACUCAGCUUGAUAUUUUUGAGCAUGUCGGGGUUCCUUUGGUCGAGAAUUGUUUGGCUGGUUUCAAUAGUUCAGUAUUUGCAUAUGGACAGACGGGGAGUGGGAAGACGUAUACAAUGUGGGGGCCUGCCAAUUCUUUGGUAGAAGGAAAUGUAGCAAAAGAGCAGCAAGGGCUAACACCGCGUGUUUUUGAACUACUUUUUGCACGCAUAAACGAAGAGCAAAUUAAGCAUUCCGAUGAACAGCUUAAUUAUCAAUGCCAAUGCUCUUUUCUUGAGAUUUACAAUGAGCAAAUCACAGAUCUUUUGGAUCCGAGUCAAAGGAACCUUCAGAUUAGAGAAGAUGUCAAAUCAGGUGUGUAUGUUGAAAAUCUGACAGAGGAGCAGGUGUCUACGAUGAAAGAUGUUACUCAGCUUCUACUGAAGGGAUUAUCAAACAGGAGAAUAGGUGCAACCAGCAUAAAUUCUGAAAGUUCCCGCUCACAUACUGUUUUUACUUGUGUUGUCGAGUCUCGUUGCAAGAGUGCAGCAGAUGGUGUGAGCAGAUUUAAAACUAGUAGAAUCAAUCUUGUUGAUCUGGCUGGGUCAGAACGACAAAAAUCAACAGGUGCUGCCGGAGAGCGUUUGAAGGAGGCUGGCAAUAUUAAUAGAUCACUCUCACAGCUUGGGAAUUUGAUAAAUAUUCUUGCGGAAGUCUCUCAAACAGGAAAGCAGCGGCACAUACCAUAUAGAGAUUCCAGAUUGACAUUUUUGUUGCAGGAGUCUCUUGGAGGAAAUGCUAAAUUAGCAAUGGUUUGUGCUAUUUCACCGGCACAAAGUUGUAGGAGUGAAACUUUCAGUACAUUGAGAUUUGCACAACGUGCCAAAGCCAUCAAGAACAAGGCAGUUGUUAACGAAGUUACGCAGGAUAAUGUGAACCACUUGCGGCAAGUGAUACGGCAACUAAGGGAUGAACUGCAUCGAAUUAAAGAAAAUGGUUACAAUCCAUUGGACCCAAGUGGAGGUCAUUCAGCAGCUUGGGUCCGAAAAAGCUUGAACAUAUUACAGUCUAGCCUUAAUAGACCACCACCAUUAUGCAGUGUUGAUGAAGAUGGUGAUGAGGAGAUGGAGAUUGCAGAGGAAGAUGUUGAAGACCAUGAUCAAGUAAAUUUUGUAUCAGAAAAUGACAACAAGAUGAACAUUGAUGAUAUGGAUUUGGUUCAACCCAGUGAGGAGAAAAUUAAUCCUAGUGUUUCUGGCAGUAAACCUCUGAAUAAAGAAUCAUCCUGUCCUGUGGGUGAAUCUGACAUUGGAGAUUUCACUGGUUUUUCAGCCCCUGAUCCCUCCAAUGAUUCUCCCAGUGCCACAAUGAAUUGUGUCUCACCUGGUGGCCUUAGCAUAGUUGCGUGUGAAAUAUCCCCAAACCUGAAAUCCCCAACUCCUAGUGUUUCCCCUAGAAUCAGCACCAGCAGGAAAAGUCUUAGGACAUCAUCUGGGGUGUCUCCUUCUGAGAAUGACGUUCAUGUCAAAAGUGAAUUGGGCAUAAAAACUAGCAAUCUGAAAAGCUCGUGUACUGCCUUUUCUAGCCAAACCGGUCCAAGUUUCCUUACAAAAACUGAAAAUUUAGCCGCAAGCAUUCGCCAUGGUCUUGAAAUUAUAGAUAGUCAUCGUAGUGCAGCUUUGAGGCAGUCAUCAUAUAGGUUUUCCUUGCGACCAAGAGAAUCCAGACUAACUGUCCCAGUUGACAAAAUUGAUGUGGGCGUACAGACCAUUCUUGAUGACAAUGUUGAAGAAGAUUCUAUUUUGUUCACCUGUAGUAAUUGUAAAAAUAGAGCACAACUUGAUGGCAAUGAGACUGACAGUAACUCAAACCUACAGUUAGUACCUGUUGAAUGUUCCGGGUCUGCCGAUAAGCCAAAGAUGCAUGUUCUCAAAGCAGUAGAGAAGGUCUUGGCAGGAUCGAUAAGGAGAGAAAUGGCACUCGAGGAGUUUUGUACAAAGCAAAAUUCUGAAAUAAUGCAGCUUAAUCGCUUGGUACAACAAUACAAGAAUGAGAGGGAGUGCAAUGCCAUAAUUGCACAGACAAGGGAUGGAAAAAUUCUUCGCCUUGAGAGCCUUAUGGAUGGUGUCUUACCCACUGAGGAGUUCAUGGAUGAAGAGCUGGUAGCCCUUACCCAUGAACACAAGAUUUUAAAGGAGAAGUACGAGAAUCAUCCAGAAGUUUUGAAGAUGGAUAUAGAGUUAAAAAGAUUGCAAGAUGAACUACAAGAGUAUCAUAAUUUCUACAAAUUGGGAGAGAGGGAAGUAUUGAUGGAUGAAGUACACAGUUUAAGAAGCCAGCUUCAAUUUUAUAUUGAUUCUUCAUCCACAGCAAGGAAGCAGUAUCCAUUACUGCAAUUGAUUGGUUCAUCUGAACCCAGUUUGGCAGCAACAACUCUUACUGCCAUUCCAGAGUCAACGGAGGAGAGGAAUGAGACAAAUGAAAUUCAAGCAUCAGUCAAAGACAGUUUUGAAGUAAAACUUGAACAAGAAAGAAUUAAAUGGAAUGAGGCAGAAAGCAGGUGGAUUUCUCUUUCUGAAGAACUGAGAGCCGAUCUUGAAGCUAACAGGUCGUUAGCUGAAAAGAGGAAACACGAAUUAGAUGCUGAGAGAGAGUGUAAUAAGGAGCUUCAGGAAGCCAUGCAUUCGGCUAUAGAAGGCCAUGCACGACUUUUAGAGCAGUAUGCUGAUUUGGAAGAGAAGCACGUCCAAUUGCUUGCAAGGCAUAGAAGGAUUCAGGAAGGAAUUGAGGAUGUCAAGAAAGCAGCUUCCAGAGCUGGGGUAAGAGGUGCAGAGUCCAAGUUUAUAAAUGCCCUUGCUGCAGAAAUUUCAGCAUUAAAAGCAGAAAGGGAAAAAGAAAGGCGAUUCUUUAGGGACGAAAAUAGAGGGCUCCAAGCCCAGUUGAAGGAUACUGCAGAAGCAGUGCAAGCUGCAGGUGAACUGCUUUUCCGUCUUAAAGAAGCUGAAGAAUCCGUCAUUAAUGCACAGAAACGGGCUAUGGAUGCAGAGCAGAAAGCUGCAAAGGCUUACCAACAAAUUGAUAAGUUGAAGAAAAAACAUGAGAAGGAGGUUGUAUCACUUAAUGAGCUUGUUUCAGAAGCACGUUUGCAGAAGAAAUCGAUACCACCAGUUUAUGAUGAUGUUGUCAUGCCCAAUUAUGAUGAUGACUCAAAGGAGCCACACUGUGUUAGUGAGUUUGAGCCUUUUAAUAAUAUUGCAGAAGAUGGUGAGCUCGCAAAAUUGGCAGAACCAUCCUGGUUCUCUAGUUACGACAGAUGCAAUAUAUAAUAUCAUUCUGUGUCGUUUUGUAUUACUUUGUUGAUAUGUUUUGAUAAAAUGAUUGUAUUCUUUUGUUCCUACUCUUUGUGAGGGCAUAAAUGAGUUUGUAUCCCCCCCCAUAUGUCUAUUUCAUUUACUGUAAAGCCUAAUCUGAAUCGGCGGAUUGUCAGAUUACAAAGUGUUGUAUGUCUUUGAAGAAUCAAGAUCCUCAGGUGUGUACUAUUUUGACAUUGAUGAACUACAAGGAAACAUUAGGCCUUCUGUCACAUUUUUCCUGUUA